CUGUCUAAUGCUAAUUCCGCCAGUGUUCACAGGGAGGUUUGCUUCAAACAUUGAGUUUGCUCUGGCUUUGUUUUUCCCAUAUUAGGAUGCUUAUCAUCAGAAUGGAUAGUGUUCAAUGCCACAUCUGUGUAGGCUAACGUUCCAUUGUAAGCCAAUAAACUUCAGUACAUGUUAUGAUGCAAAUUCUUAAAGUAGGUAGGCAAAAUUAUUUAAAUCCUGGAUUUGUAAAAAUCCCUGUUUCUGGUGGAAUUUGGAACAGCCGGGUCCCCUGCUUAUUUGCAUGUGCGCCCCGCCGUCACCACCACCAUACCGCUUUAGGAAUGAAUGCAGCCCCAGUUUGCAAUUUUUUUGGACAAAUGACUCGAGUCGACAACUGGAGCAAAUCUGUUGGGUCAAAAGAAUAACACCCACCAACUUUGUGGCGAAAAUUGAGCGCGUUUGAAUGUGAUAGCAUCCCACCACAUUUCAUAAUCCGUGCCACAUUUUGACUAAAGAGUUGGUUCCUGCAGUACUUCAGGAAAAUGACGGCCAUCAACGCUCCACGGGACAAGUAUAAUGCAGUGUGGAUAAUUUUUUUCAUCCUUGGCUUGGGAACCCUCCUGCCAUGGAAUUUCUUCAUGACUGCAACCAUGUACUUCACCAACCGACUGAAGGACCCGGCUGUUGAGGGCUCAGCCAUUCUGACAGCCAACGCCACUGUGGUGGAGGGAGACACGAGGAGCGUCCUAGAGUCCAAGUUCAACAACGUGAUGACCCUGUGUGCCAUGGUGCCCCUGCUCAUCUUUACCUGCCUCAACUCCUUCAUCCACCAGAGGAUUCCUCAGAAUUGGCGUAUCGCCGGCUGCCUGUCUGUGAUCCUGGUGGUGUUUCUGUUGACGGUGGUGCUGGUCAAAGUGGACAUGGGUCCUCUCCCCUUCUUCUCUCUCACCAUCAUCAAAAUCAUCUGCAUCAAUUCGUUUGGGGCAGUGCUGCAAGGUAGUCUGUUUGGCCUGGCUGCAAUGAUGCCGGCCUCCUACACCACACCUAUCAUGAGUGGACAGGGUCUCGCUGGAACCUUCGCUGCCUUCUCCAUGAUCUGUGCCCUGGCCAGUGGCUCAGCCCUGCAGGACAGUGCCUUUGGCUACUUCAUCACUGCGUGCGUGGUCAUCUUCCUGGCCAUCCUGUCCUACCUCGCUCUGCCUAGUAUGGAGUUUUUCCAGUACUACCUGGAAAGUAAUGGAUCCAAGCCAGCCGGCGGAGAUGAGGAGAACAAGAUGAACCUAUUGAAAAAAGACAGCCCAGCAGAGAAGAGUCCAGUGGUCAGUCUGACAGAGGAGGAAGCCAAGCCCACGAUAUCUGUGUUUGCCAUCUUUAAACAGAUCUGGGUAAUGGCCCUCUCUGUGUGCUUCGUGUUCACCAUCACCAUCGGAACUUUUCCUGCAGUCACAGUUGAUGUCAGAUCCACCAUGGCUGAUGGAGGUGCCUGGGAUACAUACUUCAUCCCUGUGUCGUGUUUCCUGAUUUUCAACGUGAUGGACUGGGCAGGAAGGAGUCUGACGGCCGUGUGUAUGUGGCCCGGUAAGGACAGCGUCAUCCUGCCCGUCAUGGUGGGUCUCCGUGUGGUCUUUGUGCCUCUCUUUAUGCUGUGUAACGUCCAGCCCAGGAACAACCUGCCCGUGCUGUUCGCCCACGACGCCUGGUACAUCGUCUUCAUUAUCCUCUUCUCCUUCAGCAAUGGAUACCUGGCCAGCCUCUGCAUGUGCUUUGGACCAAAGAAAGUGGCACAACGCGAAGCGGAGACGGCCGGGACUAUCAUGGCGUUCUUCCUGUCUCUGGGUUUGGCUCUUGGAGCUGCCCUGUCCUUUGUUUUCAGAAUCAUUAUCUAGACCUGGAGUCCCCACAACACCACCCCACAGAACACUGUCUGCUCCUCUACCCGCCGUGCAGGACGAGGGGUGGAGGAGGAGGUCAACUUUGCUGUGUUGACUGUCACACGGCAGCAACACUACAACACUCGGAUGCAGCCAGCCUCAGAGCUUGAGUGUUUGUGCUUCCACUCUUCCCACUGAAUUAUAAUACUCUCCAUUUUGAAAGAAUGCAAAAUUAAUCUAGUUCAGCUGGCUAUGUAACUGCUCUCAUCUCGUGCUCUAGUUGCCAACAUGUCUCUCAUCCUGCAGGGAACAUGGUGGAAGACCGGAGAAGCGCUCUCAGCUCAAGGGAGUAUUUCAGCUCUUAGGCCAAAAUGCCGCUAUGAGCCGUAAAUGGUGCAGGACAUGUAUUUAUAUGGAUUGCGAAAUGAUUGUGAAACUGCAGCUUAUAAUAUCUUAGUAUGUGUUAUCAUUGAGUUGUAUUGGCCCUCUAGUUUAGAAUAGGUUUUAAAUUUCAAUUAAGUUGUUUUACCAGCCUAUGUCCGUGUGUAAAUGCUCAUUAUGGUAGCGCUUUGCCCUGACAUGUAUUUUAAGCACAGCUACAACAAAUAUGCAGCUACUAAUUACAUGCGUUGUGAACGUGAGGGGAGGAGAGUUUUUGUAAACUCACCCGUUCAUUUGCGCUGUCAGAUUGUGCCAUUUUUCGGGUUUAUCAAAACAUUUUGUAUCAGAACUACAAUGAACAAAAAUAUCAACGAAGAUUUUACUGAGUCAGGUCAUAUAAGGGAAUCAGUCAAUUUAAAAAACGAUUCAUUAGGCCCUAAUCUAUGGAUUUCACAUGACUGGGAAUACAGAUAUGCAGAUAGCGCCAUCGUAUAGAGUUGAUCAGUGGUAAAAUGUUGGGUUUUAUUUGUCUUAUUUACAUAAAAUACUUCAACUAA